AGGAGUGGAGGGACAUGGCUGCUAACUGGCAAUGCUUUCUUACCCCUCUCAGGUAUGGAAGCAAAAUGUUUAUCUUACAAUCAGUAGGCUGUAUUUCUUAAUCACUAUGGAAACACUGAUGGAUGGACCACUGCGUUUUUACCCUUUUGUGUACAUCAUCUGUAUUCUGUGUGCAGCUUGUGGCAGCAGCUUGCCUGAAAGGUUUCCAGAAGGGCCACCUUUCAACCUAAAAAUGGAAUCUUGCAACUUCCAGCACAUUUUGUCUUGGCAGGCAGGAACAGACCCAAAUGUGACAGCAUACUAUCGUGUACAGUACACUGACUACAGGAACCAGAUGAUUGCACAAAACUGUUCAUAUAUUGAACAACUCUCCUGUAACCUAACAGAGGAUUUAAAAAAUGCAUCUUCUCAGUAUUUUGUAUUUGUUCAGAGAUUUGUAGGAACUGAAGUAUUCAAUUCUGCUGCACUUCAUUUUGUGCCAUUUACUGACACAUGCCUGGGACCACCGGAAGUUAAUAUCAGUUCUUGUCUAAACUGCAUAAAUGUCACUGUAAAGCUGCCAACCUCUCACUUAAGAAAUAAUGAAAAGCCUCUGUCUUUAAUUGAUAUAUAUGAAGAGAUUGAUUAUUAUAUAACACUGAAAACACUUGAUGGAGAGCAUAAGAGGCCACGUGAGAGAACCACUAAAGAAACUUUUAAUACUGUCAUUGGAGAAUUGUAUCCAAAUACAAACUACUGUGUGUCUGUUAUGGUCUCCGCAUCUAUGAAUAAACAUUCCAUCCCCUCAGCCUGGAAAUGUGCAACUGCAAACUCUGUAGCUCAACAAGGUUAUUACAGUGUUUCAGUUGCAGGUGCUAUAUGUUUUUCACUGGUGUUAGGUAUUGUCCUGAAGUGUAUGCAUGUGGGAGGCUAUAUUCUUCAAAAAAAAACACUUCCUCGUACCUUGUUAUUCAUCGGGAGGACGCUAGCCUACUCACCUUGUACAUUUGAAACUGAAAAAAUACAAUCUGUAGAGAUCAUUUAUAAAGAGGUUAAAAAAAAGGCAGUAGAAUCUAGCAACAGCGAUGACAGCGACAGUGAUGACCUAAGUAAUCAUGACUACACAAGGCGUGAUACCGUAAGAGCACCUCAUUCCUCUGACACGACAGGUGUAUUUGUGCAGUGCUCUACAAGUAGCACAUGUGAUGAUGGUAGCAGCCAAGCAAGUGAACUUCCAGAUGAUGACCCAGAAGUUUUUGAAGAGACUGAGAUGGACAUUGAAAAAGAUAAAGACUCAGGCUGCAAGUUGCUUCAGCCUUUCCCUGAGGAGAAUUGUACCUAUUCUUCCAGGUCAACGGACAGUGCUUGCUUUACCAUAAACUUGAAAACUGUGCUUCUGGGAAUCUCUAAAGAGACCAAGGACAGUUCUGCAGCUCUUCUGUCUUCCCAGGAUGACACAGUUGACUGGCAACAUAGACAUGCUUUUGAAUCACAACUCCCUGAUGAUACAGGAAGUGUGCAGAAACCACACAGUCUUAACAGCUCUCAAGAAUGGAAAGAUUCAUCUAGUUCUUCCAAUGAAAGUGACUCAUCAGACUCAGAUAUGGACCCAAAAACUGAAUACCUAAGAAGAUGAAUCUGAGAACCACUGUUGUUUUAUAACAUACAAAUAGAUACUGUCCAACUUUGUUCUUUCUGGACUGAACAUAGAGAUCUGAUCUCUUUUUUUUUUUUUCAACAUUCUGAAAGUAUAUGCCUAAAUACUGAAAAUAUACAGGACUCAUUUUUAACAAAUAUUUCUGUGAUGUCUGGUUGUUGUUCAGGUGGUAUCAAACAAUUUGGAUGUAGCAGGAAAAGGGAGUAGUUAUUUCAUUUUGCAAUUUGCUAGUGAAUUAUACCUUUUGGCUGUAACAUGGUAAAUAUCUUCUGUAAACACAAGUGAGGAGUUAGUUCAUAGCACAGGUAGAUGUGAAUGGCUGGUCUCUUAAACCCCAUUUGGUGGUUUGGUGUUUUGAUUUUUGUUCUGUUUUUGUUUUUUGUUUUUUUUGAAAGGACUGUUACUAUUCCUUAGCUGUGCUGAUGGGUUACUCUGAAGCCUGUUCUGCUGGAUGGAUUGCAGACAUCAGGAUAGUGCUAUGUUCCAGUCAGUAAACUGAUUUCUGAAUUUGUGUAGAGAAGGCCAGUAAAUGAAAUCAUGGAGGUGUAGGGAGAGGAGGUAAGAAUACUCUGUAGCUUGCAAAAGAGUUCUUGUUACUGUGAUUCACGGCAUUAAAUGUCUGUUUCUUUUAUAAUUUUGUGUAAUUGUAUACUAUACUUUUUAAAAAUAUUUUUAUGAUGUUUAAAGGUUACUGGACAGCAAAGUUAUUUUAACACUUCAUAAAAAGAAAAUUUUUCAUAAACCUAA